CCUAAUUCCACAGUGAGAACGUACCAAAACAGUAAAUACCGAGUGACCAUGAGUCCUGGCUUUAGUUCCCAGUGGAGCAGCAGCCAACCUCUUUGGAACACAUACACUUUCCCAAGGACAAGCUUGCACUACCAAUCCCACGCUAGCUACACCUACUGUGCUGGACACACUGCG